AUGUACAGCCUCACCCUGCUGUCAUGUGACAUCACUCUCUACAGCCUCACCCUGCUGUCAUGUGACAUCACUCUCUACAGCCUCACCCUGCUGUCAUGUGACAUCACUCUCUACAGCCUCACCCUGCUGUCAUGUGACAUCACUCUCUACAGCCUCACCCUGCUGUCAUGUGACAUCACUCUCUACAGCCUCACCCUGCUGUCAUGUGACAUCACUCUCUACAGCCUCACGCUGCUGUCAUGUGACAUCACUCUCUACAGCCUCACGCUGCUGUCGUGUGACAUCACUCUCUACAGCCUCACGCUGCUGUCAUGUGACAUCACUCUCUUUCAAAAUGUAAUUUAA